CGAAAGAGGGAUAGGGAGAGAGGUGACAAAAGUGCAAGUGCAAUUUAAGCAGCAGGCGGCGGCAGGCUAAAAGUAAAUCCAAAUAUUUUCGGUCACUGCCGCCAGCAGACAGCCAAUAGCCGAAAAAACAGCCGCAGCACACACACACAGUGGAGCGGGAGCAGCGGGGCAGUAACACUCGGCAGCGAUAAAUCAUUUGAACGAGGCCGGCGCCGAGCGAUCCGUCGAGUGUCCGUCGGUCCAAUAAAUCUGAUCGAACGACGAGUCCAACAUCGACGGGACGGCCCCAAACAGAAAUACAAACACAAACAGGCACCAUGACGAGCCGCCAGCGGACGGUGAUUAUUUUCAAAUCCGAAUCGGACAGCACCGAUGUGUACGCGGAGACGCUGCUGGGACACAACUUCAACCCGGUGUUCGUGCCGACGCUGUGCUUCGGCUUCAAGAACCUGCAGGAGCUGGGCGGCAAGCUGCAGACGCCGGACAAAUACGCGGGCAUCAUCUUCACCAGUCCGCGGUGCGUGGAGGCCGUCAAUGAGGCGCUGCAGCUGGGCGAGCUGCCAGGUGGUUGGAAGCUGUUGCAUAACUAUGCCGUCGGUGAGGUGACCCACAACCUGGCCCUCAGCACGCUGCAGCAGCUCUUCACGCACGGCAAACAGACGGGGAAUGCCCGCAACCUGGGCGAGUACAUUGUGGACACGUUCGAUGGGUCGCGCGAUCUGCCGCUGCUGCUGCCGUGCGGCAACCUGGCCACCGACACCCUCCUCUCGAAGCUGGCGGAGAACGGCUUCUGUGUGGACGCGUGCGAGGUCUACGAAACGAAGUGCAGUCCCCAGCUGGGCGAGUGCGUGGAGCGGGCACUGAAGGAGGCCGGCGACAGCGUCGAGUUUCUGGCGUUCUUCUCGCCCUCGGGCGUUGCCUGUGCCAUGGAGUACUUCCGGGCGCACAACAUCUCGCUGGAGCCCUGGAAGCUGGUGGCCAUCGGGCCGAGCACACGGCGAGCCCUGGAGUCGCAGGGCCAGAAGGUCUACUGCACCGCGGAGCGGCCGACGGUGGAGCAUCUCGUGAAGGUGCUGCUUAAUCCGCAGGACAGCAGGGAGCGGCUGGUGCGAGAGCGGGAGCAGAUGCAGGAGCUCGAACGGGCCGCGGCCGCUGCCGCCUCCGCCCUGGACAACAAUUAGGAUCUGAUUCAUUUUAAUAUUUAUAGCAGUGACUGUCCGUCGACAAAAUGUACAAAAAAGAAAUGGCCCGGGCACGGCAUUGAAUGCUGUGCACGGUUUUGUUUGUUUCUUAAUCGAAUUUCAUUCACCUCCCUCAGAAAUAAAUUGUUUUUCUUUUGUUUUUCAUCCAAA